AAAAUAAUAUAACUGUGAUACAAGUUUCGAUUGUUGUAGGCUUGAGAAGUGGCUGUUUGCUUUACAACCAUACAAUAAUUAUUAAUGUUUAGCUGGCUAUAGAACUAUUUCUGUGGUUUGCAUAUACUACAACCAUGUGGAAUUGUUGUUUGAUCGAGUGGUUUGGAUUGAACCUUGAACAGAAAGAUAAAAUAAUUGUGAUACUAGUUUCGAUUGUUGUUUAUUCGUGAGGGUUUAAAUAUUUCGUGUGUAGAAAAUGGCGACCAAGAUGGAGUGUAGUAUAUGUUUGUGUGAUUUUAAAAAUCCAAAAAUAAUUGACUGUUUUCAUACAUUUUGUAAAAAUUGUCUGGAUGAUUAUAUUUCAAACAAAUCUGAGAACGGCCAUUUUCCCUGUCCUACUUGUCGUAAAGUCAUCAGGAUUCCUGAACAAUUUGCUACAAAUUUUUACCUAUCACAACAAACAGAGGGGAGUGAAUCUAGAGACGCCAUAUGUGGAAACGUGUCCACCAUUCCUGAUGAUGAAAGUGAAAGUAGGAUGUGUGUUAAUCACAUGAAAGAAAUAGAUCUAUAUUGUAAGCAGUGUAAUGUAUCCAUGUGUUAUAAAUGUUUUAUAACUGAUCACAAUGGUCACUCGGUCAGUGAUUUAAACGAUUUUAAACUCGAGACAAAAUUAGAGAUCCAAUCACUGAGAGGGGAGCUAGAGAACACCUUACUGAAAUACCAACAAUAUUCAGAAUCCAUCCAGCUACAGAAGAAGGAGAUCGAGACACAAACUUUACAAAUAUGCACCAAAAUUGAUAAAAGAGUGGAUAAACUUUGCGCAGCGCUUCGCCUUAUUGGAAGUAAAAUGCAAAACGAAGUAACGCAAAGUCAUGCUCAGGCCGAGAAGGAGACGACGAGCUCAGAAUCACUGGCCAAUGAAUUAUUAAAAGAAACAAAGAAUCUUUUAAAAGAAAUAUCAGAUGAUGUAGACCAUAUCGGGGUAUCACAAUUAUUGGUUUUAAAAACGAAACUUCUACGGGAGAUUGAAAAUGGUAAAAAGGACCUCGUUGUUCCAGAACCCAACACACUGUCGUUUCAAGAAGGUGAAAUGAACAAAAUACAGCUAACUAACCAGCUUGGUCAAAUAAAGACAGGCAUGAAGAAAAAUGACACAGAGAUAGCAAGCAACCAUAACUCAGGAGUGGACAUACAAAAGACAAUCAUUUUCCAAUUUAAUUUAAGGAAUGGGAGGAAAAUACACUUCAUCGGAAACUCGGAUGUUGAAGAUGGCGGAGUGUCCUUUUGGCGAUAUGCAUCCAUACGAAACGAUAAACUCUCUCUCCAGUUAGAGUUAAAGGUACUCGAUUCGUUUACCGGAUUAUUGCCCACUAAAAUAUUAAUUAAUCUGAGAUUACUGAACAAACGGAACCACCAGAGAACCAAAAUAAAACAGUUGACGAUUCAGCUAAAAGAACGCUAUAAGUGGGAGGAUAUAAUCAGCAUGGACGAACUGGAGAACCCUUCUCUUGGAUAUAUAGACGACCAACGUGUUUUCACAUUUCGAUUAGUUGUCUUGCGUGUAACAAUUAACUGAAUAGACGGUUGUCUGAUAAUUGGAGUUAGUUACCCACACUGCUAAUCUCAUGUGGAGAUUAUACAAUGUCGCUAAGGAAACCAUGCCACAUUUUCUUGAUGAAGUUUUGAUCACUUUAUUAACCAAUUCGCUUUGAUCAUUUGUUGUUAAAUUACACCCACUACUAUGGAAAUUAAACAAAUUUGUAUAAGCCCACAUUACAUUAGAUAUAGUACUUUGUCGCCAUUCCUGU